AGCGCACGUGCAAUGGAAGACCACAAUUUAAAUUAGCCGAUUGCCGUUUUGAAAGGUUUUUUGAAAUAAAUUAGCAAUAACUGUCAAUCAAUAUAAAUCAAUCUAAUUAUGCUGUCGAGUCAAAAAUAUAUUUCGAGAAAUCCAUACGUCCGAUCAAGUUUAAUCAACUUUUAUUGCAGUGAUAAGAAAAAAGACAAAGCCGAUCUCCUAAAAUCCACUGAAGUAAUAACUGAAAAUUACGACCAAUGUUCCGAAUUUGAGGACAAAGUAUUAAGGCAAGUUUUCAUAGAAAAAGGAAAAGAGGCCGUCCUCCAGAGUAAUUUAUCCAAAGAAUGCAGAACGCUAUUUAAUGCGCCUUUGAACAAGAUCCGUCUUGGCAAGAACGUUUCCAUACAUUUGGAACAGAUACCAAUAAACAAGGAACGAGAAUGUAUAAAUUGGGAAACGUAUAAUUUUGAUCAACUGCAAGGGAAACUGUUAGAGCCAGGUACGUGUACUACUGUCACCACUAUUAAUCCGCCGACAAUCGAGGUGAAAGAAAACUUGGUAAUUGAAAAUAAGAAAAUUGAAAAACAACCAUCUGGAGGUGGUGGUGGUAAUAAUACUGGAGCACUAAUGAUAAACAGACCUAUCAGACAAGAACCAGGAAAAGUUAUUUUCAAAAUUAUACCGGUAGAAUGGUGGCACACCUUCUUUUCCAAAACCGGCGUUACUGGCUUUGGCACUUUUCUGUUCACUUUUGGAACCUACCUUAUAAGCAAAGAAAUCUAUGUUCUGGAGCACUAUUAUUACCACGGCUUAGGCGCAUUAUGCAUGUGGAUAGGAUUUAUUAAGUAUGUGGGACCACAUACGGCGAAAUGGUUGGAUAAAGGAAUAGACGACUAUGAGAAAUCUUGUAAUGAAGGAAGAGUUGAAGAGAAGAAGUAUUUAGAAGAUUCUAUUGUAAACGAACUGUUUAUGCAAUAUCAAUCUGCGGGACAGGCGUUUUUAAUAGAUGCUAAACGAGAAAAUGUGCAGCUGCAGCUUGAAGAGGAAUAUCGUAAGAGACAAAUGCAGGUAUACCAGGAAGUAAAGAAACGUUUGAACUAUCAAGUCGAAUUGGUGAACAUUUAUAAGAGAAUACAGCAGAGGAAUUUGGUUGAAUAUGUUACGAGAGAAGUAUCAAAAGCGAUAACGCCCGAGAUGCAAGACAAAUUGAUCCAUUUUUCUAUCGACCAGAUCGUCGAAGAAUUCAAUAAAGGAGGGAAAAAAUAAUAUCUCCACCAAUAGGUGAAAUAAUUAUGUAAUUUAAGUGUAUUAUAUAUUUCUUAACAAUA